AUGUCAUACCAACAGAUAACCGCAGGUCGCAGUUUUUGGCUUUACUUGGCUUUGGCAGCUGCACUGCUGCAGAGCCAACUGGUAAAAUCUCAAUACAGUGGCUUUCCGUACUACGGUGGAGCAGCCGCAAGUGCAGGGUCUGGAUAUGGGGGCGGCAUGUACGGCAAUGGAUAUGGUUAUGGAUACGGCUAUCCACAGUACUAUACAUAUCCCGGCUACGGGUACACAUAUCCCGGCUACGGGUACGGUAGCGGAGUCGGAGGUGGGGUUGGAGGUGGUGUCGGAGGUGGAGGCGGAGGCUAUGGUUACCCAAGCUAUGGGUAUCCUGGCUAUGGUUAUGGUUAUCCUUAUGCGGGCACGAACACAGCCUAUGCGAGCAGCAGCGGAGGCUUCGCCAGCGCAAGUGUGGGCACCGGCGGUGGUUACUACGGUUAA